AAAAACGUAGAUAACUAACUAGAUAACUAAUCUCCUCUAACGGACUCUGUCGACCGUCACAACAAAAUUGGUUAUAAUGGUUACUGGUUGAAACCUACAUUUAAUUCGCGCCAAAAUCAUGACAUCCUAUAAAACAAGAAAUAGCCAUAAAAUUAAAAUAUUAUUAUAUUAAUUAACGAACAAAGAAUGAAAACACAAGAACAUGACAAUUGUCAAAUGUCAAUUAGUGCUUCGUGAUUUAGUGUUGAAUAAUUUGUAAUUUAAGAAUUUAAAAUACCUACUAAUUGCAAACAUGUUUCCUCAGGUCACAGUCAAGAAAUGUCCCAUUUGCAAUGUUUACAUUAUUUCAGAUAAAAUGUCCGAACAUCUUAAAAGUCAUAGUCAAGACCACAAACUAGUGCCACAACAUAUCACAACGUCUAAACGAACUAGUUUAUUUGAUAAUUUAUCUAGUAAAGCAAGUGAUGACCAAGAACUAGUGCCACAACAUAAUAUCACAAAGUCUAAACGAACUAGUUUAUUUGAAAAUUUAUCUACUGAGACGAGUGAUGACCAAGAACUAGUGCCACAACAUAUCACAAAGUUUAAGCGGACAAGUUUAUUUGAUAAUUUAUCUAGUGAAGCAAGUGAUGACCAAGAACUAGUGCCACAACAUAUCACAAAGUUUAAGCGGACAAGUUUAUUUGAUAAUUUAUCAAGUGAAGCAAGUGAUGACCAAGAACUAGUGCCACAACAUAUCACAAAGUCUAAAGGAACUAGUUUAUUUGAUAAUUUAUCUACUGAGACAAGUACAAAUGAAAAAAGAAUAAAAAAUUGGACAAAGUCGGAGACACUUUGCCUUAUUGAGGCGUAUGAAAAUAAUAUUUCAAUAUUUGAAUCCAACUCAAAAAAAAACCGCUUAGGUUGGAUUCAGAUUUCAAAAGAUCUAAAGAAAAAGCAGAUUGAAUAUACUGAGGAUCAAUGCCAAGGAAAAUUCAAAUAUUUAUUAUUAUGUUACAAAAAAAAACUCGAUAAUAGGCAUGAGACAGGAAGUGCUGUUUAUGCUUUUGAAUUUUUUAAUGAGCUAGAUGAGUUAUUUGGUAAAAAACCCAACAUAAAACCAAAGCAUUUGGCAUCAUCUAGUCGCGUUUACAAUGGCCUCAAAGAAAGUGAUGGUAUCCUCAACGAGGAUAAUGUGGCUUCACCAAAACCUUCUUCAAACACUCCUCCGGAAGCAAAAAAACAAAAAAAAAAUCCAAGUGUACACGAAGCAGCUAUUCAAAAAAGACAUGAUGAAAAAAUGGCCAUGUCACAACUUGCUCUUGAUACAUAUCAAAAGUAUAUGGACAAAAUUUUAGAAAAAUUGUAAUUAAGUCGAAUUAUUUAUGUUUUACUACAGAGAAUACAAUGCAAUCAAGGUAGAUUGUAUAUUAUAUUUUAUUUUUUAAAUAUUUUUGUAUUUUAUUAUUAUAAAAAUAAUAU